AUGGCAACCAUGUUCGUAGGAGGACGCACCGGAAUGUGCAGCAACAUGUUGGAAGCCAUCCCUAACCCGUCCCUUCCUGCCCGCCCCGCAUCCCUUAGACCAACCAGUUUCUGCUUCCAAUCCGCCCGCGGAUCCUCUCAGGCUUUUAAGAGAGCAGGGGAUUACGGUGAUGUGGUGGAUAGAAAUGCUAACAAAGCGAAGGAGUACGUGGAGAAGGUCGAGGCGAUGGGAGACAGGACCAAGGAAGCAGCGAGCUCGAUGACCGAGGCGGCAAAGGAGAAGGUGAAAGAGAAGGCCGACUCAGUGGCAGCGAGGGUGGAGGAGUCCGCAGAUGCUGCACGCGAGAACGCGAAGGAAGGCGUGACCAAAGCCAAGGACGAGACCAAGUUUAUUGUAGAGAAGGCAAAGGACAAGACGGAGGAGGUGGCGGAGGCGGUGGGGGAGAAGGCGAAGCAGACGAUGCAGUACGCAUGGGAGGCAGCGAAGGAGACGACGCAGAAGAUCAAGGGGACUGUGGUGGGGAAGGACGUGUGAGGAGGCACGAGAGAGAGAGAUCAUUCGUCGAGUUUGUGUCUUUUCACUACAAAGUAUCACAAUAAUAAAAUCUCAUCAUGCUUCGUUCCUUAUUGUCGGAGAAGAUUAUUCAUUGUUUCUGUUAGAGAUGUAUUUAUGAGUCGUAUUUUGCACCAUAUGGAUUCCAGAAUUCUUUUUAUUAUAUUUUUUAUUUUUUAUUUUUAAAUAUAUUUUUAUUUUUAAAUACUUUUAUCGAUUGUUGAUAACGUCGUCCCGUAUAAGAGUAUGAGAAUCAAGAGCUUAUAAGUCCGUUAAGUCUUCUUUAUCUUUAGAGGUAUUUUAUGAAGUUCACAUGUUCUGAAAUGAUAAAAUCAUGUUGGUACUUUUAUCGUUCAAAGUAAAUAAUUUCUCGCAAGCCUACGAGCCGCACUAAUAAUUAUUCGACUAGAUGAUCCCUUAUCAACUAUAUAUUUUUCUUAUCAAGGAUUUUGAUAUUUUUAUUAUUGAUAUUGAGUUUAUUAAUAUAAAUUAGAUUAUCAACUCAUAUUAUCAUUUAUGAAAUCCUUAGAGG